AUGGCGGGAACCGACCCUCAUAAUCUGACCCAUGUUGCCAAGGCUGUGCACAUGAUUAAUCCUGUUAGCUGCUCGCUAUUGAGCUCAUUUGGCACCCUAAGAGCCAUAUGCAUCUCGUCCACUGGGAACCCUGAAUCUGUGGCAGUAGCCAAAGCACCACCCUCUCCCCUCAAACACAAACCAGAACACAAAACCAAUAGUCCAAAACAAAUCCAGGAACGUGAGCCAGAAACCAAAAUGUGGAUUGAGAUACCGGAAAUGGAGGAAGAAAUAAAACAAGAUAUAGUGUACCCAUGGCAGAGUAAACAGAGUGAGCCAAAUAUUAAGUGGGAUCCCCUUUCAUAUCAAGAUCCAGGGGUUCCGACCAGUGGUUUAGCAGAAGAGUUUAAAACCAAUAACAAAAUGGGAUUGUCAACGAACAAUCUCAGUGGUCCCAUCUCGCCUUCCAUAGGAAACUUGAGGAAUUUAACCACUUUGUACCUUUAUCAGAAUGGGCUUUCUGGUUCCAUCCCUCAAGAAAUUGGAUUGUUGAGAACUCCUAAUAAUCUUUUAUUGUCAACUAACAAUCUCAGUGGUCCCAUCCCGCCUUCCAUAGGAAACUUGAGGAAUUUAACCACUUUGUACCUUCAUACUAACAAACUUUCUGGUUCGAUCCCUCAAGAAAUUGGAUUGUUGAGAUCUCUUAAUGAUCUUGAGUUGUCAACUAACAAUCUCAGUGGUCCCAUCCCGCCUUCCAUAGGAAACUUGAGGAAUUUAACCACUUUGAGCCUUUAUGAGAAUGAGCUUUCUGGUUCCAUCCCUCAAGAAAUUGGAUUGUUGAUAUCUCUUAAUUAUCUUGAAUUGUCAACUAACAAUCUUAGUGGUCCCAUCCCACCUUCCAUAGGAAACUUGAGGAAUUUAACCACUUUGUACCUUUAUCAGAAUGAGCUUUCUGGUUCGAUCCCUCAAGAAAUUGGAUUGUUGAGAUCUCUUAAUGAUCUUGAGUUGUCAACUAACAAUCUCAGUGGUCCCAUCCCACCUUCCAUAGGAAACUUGAGGAAUUUAACCACUUUGUACCUUUAUCAGAAUGAGCUUUCUGGUUCGAUCCCUCAAGAAAUUGGAUUGUUGAGAUCUCUUAAUGGUCUUGAGUUGUCAACUAACAAUCUCAGUGGUCCCAUCCCGCCUUCCAUAGGAAACUUGAGGAAUUUAACCACUUUGUACCUUUAUCAGAAUGAGCUUUCUGGUUCCAUUCCUCCCGAAAUGAGACACCUUACACAUUUGAGAUCUUUAGAGUUAUCUGAUAAUAAUUUGACCGGCCAACUACCGCAUGAGAUAUGUCUUGGUGGAGUACUUGAACAUUUUGCAGCUCAAGGAAACCAUCUCACUGGAUCUAUCCCAAAAAGCUUGAGAAACUGCACUAGCUUGUUAAGAGUUAGGCUAGAAAGAAACCAACUCGCUGGAAAUAUAACAGAAGAUUUCGGUAUGUACCCAAAUUUAAUUUAUAUUGAUUUGAGCUACAACAACUUGUAUGGCGAGCUUUCACCUAAAUGGGGGCUGUGCAAUAGCCUGACAAGCUUGAAAAUCUCCAAUAACAAUAUUUCUGGUAUGAUACCACAUCAACUUGGGGAGACAACCAAACUAGAACAACUUGAUCUGUCUUCAAAUCAUCUUGUUGGGGAGAUACCAAAAGAAUUGGGUAUGUUGAAGUCAAUGUUCAAUUUGGUGCUAAGCAACAACAAACUUUCAGGCAACAUUCCUUUGGAAUUAGGAAAUUUGUCCGAUCUCACACAUCUUAACUUGGCAUCAAACCAUUUAAGUGGCCCAAUUCCCCAACAAGUCCGAAACUUUUGGAAAUUGUUGUCCUUGAAUUUGAGCAAUAAUAAGUUUGGGGAGAGCAUUCCUGCUGAGAUUGGGAAUGUGAUCACUCUUGAGAGUCUUGACCUUUGCCAAAAUAUGCUGACAGGAGAGAUACCACAACAGCUCGGAGAAUUACAAAGCUUGGAAACAUUGAAUCUCUCCCAUAACAACCUCUCGGGUACCAUCCCACCCACUUUUGAUGAUUUGCGAGGCUUGACAUCCAUAGAUAUAUCCUACAAUCAGUUGGAAGGUCCGCUACCCAACCUCAAAGCCUUUCGAGAUGCUCCAUUUGAGGCAUUAAGAAAUAACAAAGGUUUGUGCGGUAACAUCACUGGUCUCGAGGCAUGCAACACCGGCAGAAAGAAGGGGAACAAAUUAAGGGUAAGGAGUAGAAAAAUCAAUUCUAGAGAAGUAGCAACUCAACAAGAUCUAUUCGCAAUAUGGGGCCAUGAUGGGGAAAUGUUAUAUGAACACAUCAUUGAGGGGACUGAAGAUUUCAACUCAAAAAAUUGUAUUGGCACUGGAGGAUAUGGAAAUGUUUACAAGGCCGAGUUGCCUACAGGUCGAGUUGUUGCUGUGAAAAAACUUCACUCAACACAAGAUGGAGAGAUGGCCGAUCUAAAAGCUUUCAAAAGUGAGAUUCAUGCUUUAGCAGACAUACGACAUCGCAACAUUGUCAAGCUUUAUGGCUUUUGUUCAUGUUCACAAAACUCAUUUUUGGUUUAUGAGUUCAUGGAAAAGGGAAGUUUGAGAAACAUUCUAAGCAACAAGGAAGAAGCAAUAGAGUUUGAUUGGGUUUUGAGGCUAAAUGUUGUCAAAGGCAUGGCUGAAGCUUUAUCUUAUAUGCACCAUGAUUGCUCCCCUCCUUUAAUUCACCGAGACAUAUCGAGCAACAAUGUUCUGUUAGAUUCAGAAUAUGUAGCUCAUGUAUCCGACUUCGGCACAGCUCGGCUUCUGAAGUCAGACUCAUCUAAUUGGACUUCAUUUGCAGGAACUUUUGGUUAUAUUGCUCCAGAACUUGCUUAUGGCUCAAAGGUGGACAGUAAAACAGAUGUUUAUAGCUUUGGAGUGGUAACAUUGGAAACAAUUUUUGGAAAGCAUCCUGGGGAACUCAUCUCAUCGCUCUUUUCAUCAGCGUCCUCGUCAUCCUCAUCACCAUCAACUGUUUAUCAUUUACUGUUGAAUGAAGAGAUAGACCAACGUCUCUCACCUCCUAUGAAUCAAGUGGCUGAGGAAGUAGUGGUUGCAGUGAAGUUAGCACUUGCAUGUAAUCCCCAAUCUCGACCAACCAUGCGACAAGUUUGUCAAGCACUCUCAACACGGUGGCCGCCAUUGUCAAAACCAUUCUCCAUGAUUACUUUGGGCGAACUGCUUGGUCAUGGAGGUGAAACUACUUGAGGGUCUUCACUCCUCCCUGUUUAUAUAUUUGUUAUCAUGCAUUGUGUGCGCCUUGGAUUUUACUUUUCAUUGUCUUUGUAUUAUGUUUUCUUAUUUCAGUCAAGUAUAGUUUGCACAAAAAGGUUUUGCAUCUUGCUUUAUAAAU